GAGUGGGGGGGAGGAAAAGCAGAGCCUUUAAAAAGGGCAAUCACAACAACUUUUGCUGCCAGGAUGCCCUUGCUUUGGCUACGAGGAUUUUUGUUGGCGAGUUGCUGGAUUAUAGUGAGGAGUUCCCCCACCCCGGGAUCCGAGGGGCACAGUGCAACCCCCGACUGCCCGUCCUGUGCGCUGGCCACCCUCCCAAAGGACGUACCCAACUCUCAGCCGGAGAUGGUGGAGGCCGUCAAGAAGCACAUUUUAAACAUGCUGCACUUGAAGAAGAGACCCGAUGUCACCCAGCCGGUACCCAAGGCGGCGCUUCUGAACGCGAUCAGAAAGCUUCAUGUGGGCAAAGUCGGGGAGAACGGGUACGUGGAGAUAGAGGAUGACAUCGGCAGAAGGGCAGAAAUGAAUGAACUUAUGGAGCAGACCUCGGAGAUCAUCACGUUCGCGGAGUCAGGCACAGCCAGGAAGACGCUGCACUUUGAGAUUUCCAAAGAAGGCAGUGACCUGUCCGUGGUGGAGCGUGCAGAAAUCUGGCUCUUCCUGAAAGUCCCCAAGGCCAACAGGACCCGGACCAAAGUCACCAUCCAUCUUUUUCAGCAGCAGAAGCACCCGCAGGGCGGCUGGGACGCAGGGGAGGAGGCCGAGGAAGUGGGCUUAAUGGGGGAGAGGAAUGAAGUGCUGAUAUCAGAGAAGGUGGUGGAUGCUCGAAAGAGCACCUGGCACAUCUUCCCCGUCUCCAGCUGCAUCCAGCGGUUGCUGGACCAGGGCAAGAGCUCCCUGGACAUUCGGAUUGCCUGUGAUCAAUGCCACGAGACCGGCGCCAGCCUGGUGCUGCUGGGCAAGAAGAAGAAGAGAGAAGAGGAGGGGGAAGGGAAGAAAAGGGACGGAGAAGGAGGGGCGGGAGGGGACGAGGAGAAGGAACAGUCGCACAGACCUUUCCUCAUGCUGCAGGCCCGCCAGUCUGAAGACCACCCUCACCGGCGCCGGCGGCGGGGCUUGGAGUGUGACGGCAAGGUCAACAUCUGCUGUAAGAAACAGUUCUUUGUUAGUUUCAAGGACAUUGGCUGGAAUGACUGGAUCAUCGCUCCCUCUGGCUAUCACGCCAACUACUGCGAGGGUGAGUGCCCCAGCCACAUAGCAGGAACGUCGGGCUCAUCCCUGUCCUUUCACUCGACGGUCAUCAACCACUACCGCAUGCGGGGUCACAGCCCCUUUGCCAACCUCAAGUCGUGCUGUGUGCCCACCAAGCUGAGACCCAUGUCCAUGUUGUACUAUGAUGAUGGGCAGAACAUCAUCAAAAAGGACAUCCAGAACAUGAUUGUGGAGGAGUGUGGGUGCUCAUAGAGCACUCAGCCCAGGGGGGAAUGGGAGCAAGACGGUCCAGAGAAGACAGUGGUGACAUGAAGACAUGUUUAAGGUUUCCGACUGAAACAACCAGAAGAAUAGAAAUUUUUUAAAAAAUAAACUAAAAACAAAACCUGAAGCAGAUGAAGGAAGAUGUGGGGAAAUUCCUUAGCCAGGGCUCAGAGAUGAAACAGUGAAGGAGGUGGGAAUUUGGGGGGAGAGGGAAAAUGGGGUGCCCUUCACUUCUCCCUCCAGCAUUCAAGGGGUGACAGCAGUUGCUCAAAUGGGAAUAUUGUCCUCUCCUUUUCGGUUCCCUUUCGGUAUGAGCCUCGAAGUCAACUUGUCCGGUCUGCAGUAAUGUGGGCUGACACAACCCAAGUAGCAUCUAGAAAGCCAUGAGUUUGAAAGGGCCAGUUAUAGGCACUUUCCCACCCAGUAACCCAGGUCGUAAGGUAUGUCUGUGUGACCCUCUCUCUGUGUAUAUCAGCCCAUGCACACACACAAAGACACAAACGCACACAGCCCACCACACACACGGACAAACACACAGACACAUACAGCACACACACAUGCUGCACAAAGACAUGCACACAGCCCACCACACACACGGACAAACACACAGACACAUACAUCACACAGCACACACACACACGCUGCACAAAGACAUGCACACACCCCCCACACACGGACACAGACACAUACACCAUACAGACACCACACACACAGAGGCAUUUCCACACCACACGCACACACACACAUUCUGGUAAAAGAACACUAGUGUGCAGGUGGUCACACCUUUUUCUGCACCACUUCCACAACAAAACAAAAACCAACAUGAGAAAAACAUUGAGAACAAGAAUGGGAAGCAUGAAAGAUCAAGGAGAAAAGAAAACCAAGUUACAUUUCGUUAAGGUGCUUAUGAUCUUAGAACUAUGCAACCUAAUAGGUUUGAAACUGUUUACCUGAGAGAGAACAAAAAAGAGAGACUUUUUUGUAUUGGAAGUAACCUGAUUAAUUUUUAUUUUCUUCAAGGAGAGAUACUUGAAAGGAAUAUGUUUGUCCAUCUGUUGGAUCCAAACAUUUCUAUAUUUUGUAAAUGUUGUGUUUUUUUUUUAAUCGUUUACUAUUUGCACUACAAUGGUGUUCGACCUGUCUAAU